UUAAAUAAAACCUGAUGCUCACAACAAGGCAGGCAAACGCUAACAUAUUUAUCCUAUACUAAAAUGAUCAACAGUUAUUUUAUGAAUUCCGUCAGUUUCGAAAAAGCGAUUAUAUGCUUGGAAAAGUUUAGCAUAUUCCCCUUUUUGUGAACGUCGUUGCGAGAUUUCCCAACGGUACCUGAACGCAGCAGCACGGACGCGAUAGUUGCUUCCGGCUUAUUAAACUUCACGCCUUAGCUCCUGCGGAUAAAAGUUAAUAUAUCGUCAAAAAAUAACCUUAAAGCGUGAAUAUAGUUGGUGUAGGAGUGUCGCCGCUAAAAAGGUAUUAUUUGGGAAGAGAAGCGCGCAAAAUGUUGGGCUAGCCUGCUAGCUAGCGAGCUAACGUCAAAUCGAGCCAGCUAAAUGUAAACAAACACGUUUGUCAACCACGUGACUGACAGACGUCACUUUGACUGACAGCUGUCACUUUAUGUUCCACAAACUAACACCUUCGAGCUGCUUUGGACUCCAAAAGGCUUCAACUCAACUUUGAUGCAACUUUUGGCUUCAUGAAAACUGGAGCAUUUUAACCAGAAUGUGCUGCAGAAUGUGUCUUCUACUUUAUAAGUGCUGCUUUUGACUCAAGGACACUUUAGGGAAGGUUUUUUUUUUUAGUAAUGGCGAGCACCUUGGCGGCUAAGAUGGGAUUUAACUCGCUGGCGAGGAAGCAAAACAGAAGCUUCAACGUGAGGAUCUGCACGAUGGAGUCAGACAUGGAGUUCAGCUGCAAGGUGAAGUGGAAGGGGAAGGACCUGUUUGAUCUGGCCUGCAGAACCCUGGGUCUGAGGGAGACCAGCUUCUUUGGCCUCAGGUACGCCGCCAAGGACACGCUGGCCUGGCUGAAGAUGGAGAAGAAGGUUCUGGACCAGGACUUGCCCAAAGAGGAACCCAUCACCCUCCACUUCCUGGCUAAGUUCUACCCGGAGAACGUGGAGGAGGAGCUUGUGCAGGACGUCACGCAGCAUCUCUUCUUCCUGCAGGUGAAGAAGAAGAUCCUGGAGGAGGAGAUCCAGUGUCCCCCCGAGGCCUCCGUGCUGCUGGCCUCCUACGCCGUCCACGCCAAGUACGGAGACUACAACCCCAAUGUUCACAAGCUGGGCUUUCUGGCUCAGGAGGAGCUGCUGCCUAAACGGGUGGUCAACCUGUACCAGAUGACGGCCGAGAUGUGGGAGGAGAGGAUCGCGGCCUGUCACGCUGGCCACCGGGGCCGCACCAGAGAGGAAGCCGAGAUGGAGUAUUUGAAGAUCGCUCAGGACCUGGACAUGUACGGCGUGGACUACUUCUUGAUCCGGAACCACAGGGGCACGGAACUCCUCCUGGGCGUGGACGCUCUGGGCCUGCACAUCUACCAGCCGGACAACAAGCUGACGCCCAAGUGCUCCUUCCCCUGGAACGAGAUCCGGGACGUGUCCUACAGCGACAAAGAGUUCACCAUCAAACCCGUGGACAAGAAAGCCGACGUGUUCAGGUUCAACUCUUCGCGGCUGAGAGUCAACAAGUUGAUCCUCCAGCUCUGCAUUGGCAACCACGACUUGUUCAUGCGGCGGCGGCGCGUGGACUCCCUGGAGGUGCAGCAGAUGAAGGCCCAGGCCAAAGAGGAGCGAGCCAGGAAGCAGGUGGAGAGGCGGCGGCUGCAGCAGGAGAAGCAACUGCGGGAGGAGGCGGAGCGAGCCCGUGACGAUCUGGAGAGGAGACUGAUGCAGCUGCAGGACCAGGCUCACACCGCCAACCAGGCCUUGCUGCGUUCGGAGCAGACGGCCGACCUGCUGGCCGAGAAGGCGCAGGUAGCAGAGGAGGAGGCCAAGCUGCUGGCCCAGAAGGCGGCCGAGGCCGAGACGGAGACGCAGCGUGUCAAGGUGACGGCCAUGCGGGGCCAGGAGGAGCGCCGCCUCAUGGAGCAGAAGAUGCUGGAGGUGCUGGGAAAGAAGCCGGAGCUGCCGCGGGCGCGCCUCGACGACGCCAAGAUGGACGCCUGCAACAGGAAGCGGGCCAAACUCUUCAAGGUGUCCGACGCGGACGGCGACUUGGACGUCACAUUGGUUGCUUCAGUCAGCCCGUUCUCCCAGAAGGCCUUGCGAACCAGCGACUGUUACAUCCUGGACAACGGAACCUACGGAGACCUCUACGUGUGGAAAGGCAAGGGAGCCAACACCCAGGAACGUCUUGCCGUUCUUCGAGCUUCAGAAGAGUUUAUCAAGAAGAUGAACUACCCAACACACACCAAGGUCCAGGUUCUUCCAGAGUACGGGGAGACACCGCUCUUUAAGCAGUUCUUCAAGGACUGGAGUGAUCCCGACGACACCCCUGGCAUGGGACUGUCUUGCGUGUCCAAAAAGAUUGCACGGCUUGAAAAGGUCCAGUUUGACGUGACUUCUUUCUACGGGUCCGAGGCCAUGGCGGCACGGUACGGAAUGUUGGACUCAGGCGAUGGAGACAAACAGGUGUGGCGCGUAGAGGGGUGUGACAAAGUGGCGGUGGACUGCACAGCCUUCGGUCAGUUCUAUGGGGGAGACAGUUACCUCAUCUUGUAUCAGUACCGGUACAACAAGCGAAGAGGCCACAUCAUCUACAUCUGGCAAGGGGCGGAGUCCAGUCAAGGUGAGCGUACCGCCUCUGCCGUUUUGGCCGUUGAGAUGGAUGACGAACUGGGGGGAGGCGCUGUGCAGGUGCGUGUUGUCCAGGGACAAGAGCCCGCGCACUUCAUGAGCAUGUUUCACGACCAACCAAUGGUGGUCUACAAGGGCGGGACGUCCCGAUUCGAGGGCCAAACGCCGGUGGCGGACAUUCGACUGUUCGAAGUCCGAGCCAAUGUUGCCGGUGCCACCACAGCUGUAGAGGUCGAUCCGGCCACCUCCAGUCUGAACUCAAACCACGUCUUCCUUCUGGAGGCAUCUUCCACAUGUUGGAUAUGGAAAGGUGUCAACAGCAGCUCGGCUGAAGUCCACGGAGCAGAACUUCUUUCUGAACUCCUGCAGAUGACUCCCAUCAUGUUGAAGGAAGGCGAGGAGAAAGAGGAUUUCUGGACUGCCUUGGGUGGACCGGGUGAGUAUUGCCGGGCUCCCCGUCAGAAAAACCAGACGGAUGCUCAUCCUCCUCGCCUGUUUGCCUGCUCGAACAGUACUGGAAAGUUCUUGAUGGAGGAAGUUCCAGGUGAGUUGAUGCAGGAGGACCUGGCUUCUGAUGACAUCAUGGUCUUGGACACCUGGGACCAGGUUUUCGUUUGGAUUGGAAAGGAUGCCCACAGUCGAGAGAAAAGGGAGGCUGUAGCAAUAGCUUCAAGGUACAUAGAGAGCGACCCGGCCCAGCGAGACCCUGGCACUCCCAUAGUGACGGUGAAACAGGGCUGGGAACCGCCCACCUUCAGCGGCUGGUUCCUGGACUGGGACCAGGAGUACUGGACCACAGACCCCCUGGAGAGAGUCCUGGAAGCGCUCUAAGUGUGGUCAUGUGACAUGGAUGACAUCACUCACUAAAUAAAUACUUCCUGUUUGCAAACAAA